GUCCGUGGGAGCGGGAAGUGUCAAUGAGGCUGGACCGAUGUCGGGCGGGCAUCGUCACAGUACCCUCACGUCUCCUGUGAUCCUCACGCGUCUGGUCACGUCGCCUCAUAUCCCACACGUCUGGUCAUGAGCUACAGACGUGCGUGGCGACGCACUGCUGAGAGACUUCGUGCUGUGCGUCCAUGCUGAUCCUCGACGCUUGAGGAAUGGAACAAGAAGACGGACUGUGUCUGGUCGCUCACCGGUGUUACUCCACGACUGCUGUUUUACACACAUGGAUAUUUUUAUACCUGAAGGUGUUACGACGUGCCAGACGAGCACCUCUGCUGCCCCGUGACGUCGUCGCCUCCACCGUGAUAACUUAGCAUAAGUUAACACUCACUGUCUUAAACACAAGUCAGGUGCUAUAACAUAGUACAUAUUUUUUUACAAACCAAUUUAGUAUUGAUAUUCGUGGCUAUAAUAUUUGUGUGAUCGAGGCGAGGAGGCGCGAGUGGUGUGACCGCGAGCGGGUACCGUGACACGCGAGGUGUGAGCAGCGCGGGAAGCCUAAUGAGCAUGGAGAAGGUUGCCAGUAGCCCCGCCGUCUCCAACACGGACGGAUGGUCGGACGAGGACGUGGCUCUCAGCGAGAACGAGGUGGCGGCGCUCAACGUGGCCCUGGGAGUAGGUAUGAGUGUCAGUGCUAACUCUGAGGACGUCGCUGAGAGGCACACGGUGGCCGACCUCAGCUCCAUAGUCCCCUCCAACGACCGCCUCAUGUCCGUCGUGCGUCUACAGCCGGUUUUGGAGGCGCCGGAAGCCGGCGAAACCGGUUCCAUCGGCUCCGGCGUCUCCGACGAACCCGGACAAUCCUUCACGGAUAAAGUCGCGUCCUUCUACAUCGGCGGCGACGACAACUUCUCGCCCCGCGACGACAAGACGACAAGCCCCCGCCAGUCGGUGGUGGGCCCCCGCCUGGUGCCUGUCGGGGACGAGAAGAAGGGGGGGUUGACCGCCAUGGAGUUCACCCCCCCUGACGGAGGGUACGGCUGGGUAGUGGCCUUCUCCGCUUGUUUCAUCAACCUGUGGAUCGUCGGAGUCACCAAGAGCUACGGCGUCCUCUACAUCGAGAUCCGCAACUCCUUCCCCGAAGCCUCCGCCUACCACACCUCAUGGCUCCCCUCACUCCUCUCCACCGUCGGCCUCCUCAUUGCGCCGAUCACUGGGACAUUGUGCCGACGCUUCACCUCAAGGAAAGUGUCUUUCGUGGGCGGGAUUCUGUGCUUCCUUGGCCUGGUGCUGGGCUCCCUCGCCCACAACAUGAACCAACUCAUCUUCUCCAUGGGGCUUCUCACCGGUCUGGGCGCCGGACUGACCACCACGCCAGGGAUCCUUAUUGUCUCUCUCUACUUCGAGAAGCGUCGCACAUUUGCCUCAGCCAUCUGCGUCUCCGGCAACGCUCUGGGCGGCUUCUUCCUUCCACCACUCGUCGACUACCUGUUGGUCACCUACGGGUUUAGGGGCACCUUGAUGCUACUAGGGGCCAUGCAGCUACACAUCUGCGUUGCGUCUAUGCUCUAUCGUCCAAUCACUCAUCACGCCAUAGUGCAGGCCAUAGACCAGCAGAACCAGGAGGAGGAGGAGAACAAUGGAACAGUCCCAAAAGACAAGUUAGUGCCGCAAAUUCCAGCCUCUCCUUUGCCGAAACCUGCCCAGCGGCCCUUAGAUUCUUCUCCCAAAACUCCCGUCACUCGCUCCAGAGCACUCUGGCAGAAGAUGAUGCGUAGACGCCGCCUCUCUUCUACGACAUCAGCAGAAGCUGCGGAACUGCAGCGCCAAGUGUCCUUCCUGCGCAGUGCAUCAAUGAUGAACAGUAUUCCGGAUCUGACUCAGUACGCUCGCUCUUGGGCAGUCAACCCUGAUGCCAACUCAAUGGGCAGUCGAUCCUCUAUGCGAACAGGUUUUGCCAUGGGUAGUAAAUCUUCUCUAUUUAAUACGACGAAUAGCAAAUUAUCCCUAUCCAGAUUACCAAUUUUUGCAGAACAUCCAAGCGUUCUGCGACUGUCUGACGAGGAUGGGAGAGUGACAUCUGCCCGCUUCCUGCGCGGGAGUGCGCGCCGCCUAUCCUCACAGUCUCGGGUAGCACCAGUAGUUCUGCCAGAGGUCAGGACCCAGCUCAAUAGACAAACAUCGAUCCGUACCGUACAGAGUAGAAUAAUGACGUCUGUCUUGGAAAGCGAAACAGAGGACAAAGAAAACCUCGUACGUCCAUUUACAGAAGAUAAAAAUGACUUCACGGAAAAUGGAAUGGCAACAGCUGACAAUCUGGGCCUAAAGCAAGAGGAACAAGAAGUGGAAGUAAAACGUCCCAACUGUUGCGUCAUCUGCUGUGCUAACUUUUGUGAUUGUUCUCUUUUUAAAGAUGCCUUGUUUCUCACAAUGGCGUUCUCUGUGUUCUUCAUGUCAUGUGGAGCGCCGUUCUCCACGUUCUUCCUCCCUGCCUACGCCGUCUCCGUGGAAAUACCCUCCUCAUUGGUUCCUAAGAUGCUCUCCAUUUCUGCUAUCUUCGAUCUCAUCGGCCGCCUUGGAAUGGGCUUUGUGUCGGACCUGGGAUUCAUCAAAACGCAUCACAUCUAUUUUGUUAGCGGGAUGAUGGCGGCGAUUGCAGUGUUGUUGAUGCCUCACAUGACCACCUUCGGGAGCCUGACGGCGGUCUUGUCCGUCUACGGGUUCGGUGUUGGGUCGUGGUUUGUGAUGAUCCCGCCCAUGUUGGCCCAGCACCACGGCGCCGCCCAGCUCGCCUCCUCCUACGGCCUCGUCAGACUCUUCAACGGUAUCAUGAACUUCAUAUCCCCGCAGUUUAAUGGUCUGCUGUUUGAUCUGACGAAGGACUACGUGGUGCUGUACGUGUUCAUGGGGACGUGUAUGGUGGUGGCGGCGGUGAUGGUGCUCGUCCUCGUCCCCCUCGUCCAACACUGCAGGGACAUUCUUGCCCGCCGCCAGGAGGACGACUAUGUUAUCAAAAACCCCGCAUGACAAAUAGAAAAACAUUAACACACACACACACUAACACACACACAAUUCGUGAGGAAUUAAACCUCACGUCGCUGGAAGACAGAAGUGUUAGGGGGGACAUGAUCACCACAUUCAAGAUUCUCAAGGGAAUUGACAGGGUAGACAAAGACAGGCUAUUUAACACAAAGGGCACACGCACUAGGGGACACAGCUGGAAACUGAGUGCCCAAAUGAGCUACAAAGAUAUUAGAAGAAACUUUUUUUACUAUCAGAGUGGUUGACAAAUGGAAUGCAUUAGGCAGUGAUGUGGUGGAGGCUGACUCCACACACAGUUUCAAGUAUAGAUAUGAUAAGAGCCCAAUAGGCUCAGGAACCUGUACACC